UGCUGUCUCCAUUAUAAAGAUUCAUGGGAUAUGUAGUUGUUCUGAGACAAACUAACACAAGAUAGAAAAAGCAAAAAAAAAUGUCUGCUGCUAAAGAAAUACAAGCGGCUAUGGUGAUGAUGAGUGUGAUGAGCUUCACCUUGGCUUUGGAUUACGAUAUGUCUUCUGAAGCCUUUCGGUAUAAGCUCGAAGGGAUAUCUAUGGUUCCAAAGGGUUGUCCAGACAUGUGCGGCAACGUUACUAUUUACUACCCUUUCGGAAUUGGUCCCAACAAAGAUUGCUAUUUGAACGAACUGUUCAUCAUAAACUGCACCAAAUCCUCCAAUGGUGUCUGGAAGCCCUACUUGAGCUCCGGCAGGGAUGGCGGCGUAAGAGAGAUUCUGGGCAUUUCCUUUGACAGACAAAUAGUCGCCACCCAAGAAUCAAUCCCUCCUUCCCUUUGCCAACCCGCCGGGCGGCCCGGGCAAUCGGAGGGAAACCGUUCAUUCUCCAAAACUCAAACCACAAAUUUCUCCAGAACCCAAGUAUUCUCCUACGCUCCGGGUUACAACAAGUUCACGCUUUUAGGCUGCGGCGGCGCUCUCCUCACCUCGCCGGGCUACGGCACAGUAGGCGGAUGCACGGCGUUGUGCGUCGCAAACACCGGACUUGAACGGCCUCUCAACGGCAUAAACAUGUGCGAACUUUUCUUGGACGGCCGUGUAGAAACGUUUGAAUUCCAUGUCAACUUCACAAACCCGGCGGUCAAUGCCUGCAACUAUGCCUUCUUUGUUGAUCAAAAUUGGUACGCUACAAGCUUUCCCGGCGGCCGGCAGGAGCAGCUAGUUGUUCAGGUCGUGCGGAGCUGGACCACCCCAGAUUUGCAUCCAUCGGACCCCUCGCACUACUGCAUCAAUGGAAGUUCUUCCUGGGGAUGUUUCUGCCAAUAUCCGAAAAAGGGGAACCCGUAUAUUGCAAAUGGAUGUCAAGGCAGUCAUCGUAAGCUCACUGUCAAGGAACUAUCUGCUAUUAUCGGUGUGAGUGCAAGUUUUGGAUUUGUAGUGUUAGUAUCGACUUGCUUUAUCCUCUAUAAAGUCAUCAAGAAGAGAAAAAUGAAGAAACUAAGGCAGAAGUUCUUCAAACGCAAUGGAGGUCUCCUAUUGGAACAACAACUCUUAGCCAAAGAAGGGAGUAUAGAGAAAGCAAAGAUUUUCACAGCCAGUGAGUUAGACAAGGCCACUGAUAAUUUCAAUGCCAAUAGAAUAGUAGGCCGAGGAGGGCAAGGCACAGUGUACAAAGGAAUGUUGAUUGAUGGCCAAAUCGUUGCGAUCAAGAAAUCGCAAGCAGUGAAUGAGAAUCAGUUGGUGCCAUUCAUUAACGAAGUUGUCAUUCUUUCCCAAAUCAAUCAUAGGAAUAUUGUGAAACUACUGGGGUGUUGUCUGGAGACCGAAGUUCCCAUUUUGGUUUAUGAAUUUAUACCAAAUGGAACACUUUUCAGCCUUAUCCACAACAAUUUUGGAGACGACCUCAUUCCUCUUUCGUGGGAUAUUCGCCUCAGGAUUGCAUCAGAGGUGGCUAGUGCUUUAGCUUAUCUCCACUCCGCUACAUCAGUUCCCAUUUACCACAGAGACAUCAAGUCGAGUAACAUCCUUCUGGACGAGAAAUUUCGAGCCAAGAUUUCUGAUUUUGGAACGUCCAAAUCCAUUUCAAUUGAUCAAACUCACUUGACCACCAUAGUGAAGGGGACGUUUGGUUAUUUGGAUCCCGAGUAUUUCCAGUCAAGUCAAUUAACAGAUAAAAGUGAUGUUUAUAGCUUUGGAGUUGUCCUCGUUGAGCUCCUAACCGGACAAAAGCCAAUUAUAUUUGAUAUUAAUGAUGAUGAGGAGCGAAGCUUAAUAACACGUUUUCUAUUGUGCAUGAAGGAGAAUAGUCUUUCGAAGAUUCUUGACGUGGAAGUUUCAGAUCAAGGGAAAGAGGAAGAUGUAGUGGCGGUUGCUUGGCUAGCACAACGGUGCUUGAACUUAAAUGGGAAGAAAAGGCCUACUAUGAAGGAAGUAGCAGCAGAGUUGGACGCCAUUAGAGCAUCUUCUCAUCCUCAUAAUCUCCCAUUGGCAAUGGAAACAUUGGAAGCCGAAUCAGAUUUCAUGCCUUAAAAUUUGACUAUUUUUACUACAAGUGAACAAAAACUUGGU